CAGCUUUUUCAGUAAAAGCAACAGCAAACUUGUGAUCAACAAUCCGGGAGCCUUUUAACUUUUUGUCUCUUCAAGAAAACAAAUAUUUGAGACUUUCGAAGCUGUAUAUGAACACAUCUAAUUCUCAUUCACAGCUUUAAAGAGAAGACCAACAAUGGCAGAAUCUUCACCAACAUCACGGACCAGAAUAAAGAAUAUGAGUCCACCUCCAUAUCUGUCUGAAAAACUUCAGUGUUGUGUGUGUCUGGAUUUGUUCAAUGAUCCAGUCAGCACUUCAUGUGGACACAACUUCUGCAACAACUGCCUGGGUACAUACUGGGACAACAGUCAGAUCUACAGCUGUCCAUACUGUAAAGAAACAUUUAGUAAAAGACCAGAGCUCAAGAUAAACACUACACUUAGAGAGAUCACGCUGAUCUUUAAGGAAAAGUUCAGUCAAGAAAGAUCUGAAGUCCUCUGUGACGUCUGUGAUGAAAGAAAACUGAAAGCCUUAAAGUCCUGCCUGAUGUGUCAGACGUCUUAUUGUGAAACUCACCUGGAGCCUCACCAGAGAGUCCUGAACUUAAAGAAACACAAACUGAUGGAUCCUGUGGAGAAUAUAAAGGACUAUAUAUGUAAGAAACAUGAGAGACCUCUGGAGCUCUUCUGUAGAGAUGAUCAGACAUGUGUUUGUGUGUUUUGUACUGAUGGAGAUCACAAGAAUCACAACACUGUUCCUCUAGUGGAGGAGACUAAAGAGACAGAGGCUCAACUAAAGAAGAUGCAGCAGUAUGCAGUGGAUGUGACUCUGGAUCCUGAUACAGCAAAUCCAGAACUUAUCCUGUCUGAAGAUAGAAAACAAGUGAAACAUGGAAGCAUUUGGCAUGGACUCCCAGAUAAUCCACAGAGAUUUGAUAGAUUAAUAAGUGUUCUGGGAAAAGAGGGAUACUCCUCAGGGAGAUUUUAUUUUGAGGUUCAGGUAAAGGACAAAACGAACUGGGAUUUAGGAGUGGUCAGUGAAUCUAUUAAAAGAAAGGGAUCGCUCAAAGCAAUUCCUCAGAAAGGAUUCUGGAUUGUGUCUCUGAGAAAUAAUAAGAAUUAUUUGGCCUUUGCUCAUACUGAUAUCUUUCUGUCUCUGAAAGUGAAACCGCAGAAGGUCGGGGUGUUUGUGGAUUAUGAGGAGGGUUUGGUUUGUUUUCAUGAUGUAGAGUCCAGGUCUCAUAUCUACUCUUUCGCUGGUCAAACUUUCACUAAGAGACUUUUUCCUUACUUUUGCCCAUGCCAUAAUAAUGCAGGUAGAAAUUCAGCUCCUCUGAUCAUCUCACCUCUUCAUUACAACAAAUGAAUUUACAGUUUGCAUCCAAAGUACUAUUCGAUAACACUUUAUUUUACGACCCGCAAAGUACCGCGUAAUUAAACCGAAUUUACAGCGUACCUAUUUGUAACAACAGGGUACCUCACCAGUACAUACUUGUAGGUGUAAGGGAAUAAUAUUUUAAGUUUAGGGUAAUAAGGGGGUAAGAAUAUGAAGAAUUAUAAAUUAUUUAUACUCUAAAUAUUUUAUAACAACAGGGUACCUAUUGUAAUAUUACGUGGUAUGUAUGACUUAGUCAAGUCUAUGGGGAAAUUAUGGUUUAUUUUUAAUUUUUUUUUAUUGUGAAUUUUUCAUAUUGACUACUGAAUGUUGUAUACAGUCAAUGUCUACGAGCCACAUCGGCAAAUAAAUAUAACAGCACAUCACUUUUAUUUUAGUAGCCUUUAUUACUUGCUUUUAAUAACAAAAGUCCAGCUGAUUUAAUGUGGUUAUCUUUUUUUUAAGGUAAGUACAAUAAAAAUAGCAACUUAUUCCCUAUUUACCAGGAAACUCCUACAUUUGCGAACAUAUUUGAAGUGGUGCUUUGCAAUUUACUGUAAACACAAGUAUUUUAGCCAAAUAUAAUUUAUGCAAUGGCAAACCAGAAUGAAAAAACAGCAGAUAUCAGCUCCCGCUAAAGCAAAAGACGACUACAUGCGUAGGCUACUGCGCAGGUGUAGAACGCGCGGCCGUCUGCAGGAGGUUUGCUGGAACGCGAUCCUGAUGUGAAAUUUCUUUAAAAGGUUUUAAAAACGUUCUACACUGUGGAGUACGGCUGCGAGUGAUGUCAGCAGGAUCCACAUGCUGGAUAAGGUGACUGGUUUUGUUAAUACAUGACUCACGCAUUUCAAACAAUGUUUUUUCAAGAAAGUUGCCAGCUAACGGUAGCAGGUUAGCUAGCACAUAAGUUAGCCUAAAGUUAUUAACGUAACUGGCUCAGAAAACUCUGUUUCUGUCAAGGCACAGUGAAGAAACAUUUACUGAAGGCUUUCAUUUAUGUUUUUUAUAUGUAAUGCAGAACAGCAUUUGUGAGACGACAUCAACUCAUCAUCCGAGUGGACAAGAACACCAACAGAGGAAGCCAAGCCGCAAAAACAAUGAAAAACUGUCAUGACUUUUUAUUUUAAAUAAAAGUUAUGUGAUAAUAAACAUUAAGUGUUGGCUUAAUUAUAGUGUUUUAAAGAUGUUUUGAAAUAAGUUGUUUUAAAAUAAAAAUAACAAUAUUCUGUAUGUUUAUGGUAUUUACCCUAUAACAUUUAUUAACAAGAGGUGAACAAAGCACCACUUUAGUUUACAGCCCGCAAAUAUGAGAGUUACCUGGUACAUACACAGAACAAUCGGGGAAUAAGCCCCACUUUAGUUUAGAGCCCGCAAAUAUGUGAGUUACAUGGUACAUACACAGAACAAUCGGGGAAUAAGCCCCACUUUAA